AAUGAAGAUUCUUUUCAUAUGGUGAAGUUUCUUGGGAAUUAUUUGGCUGGAUACAUGGUGUGGACAGUUUAGAUGAUAAAAUAUUUUGCUUUCAUGUACAAGGAAACAAUACAGCUGGAUGAAAUUUCCUGUUGACUUACCUUUUACGGGUCAAUGCUAAUCUUCUUUAUUGCCAUACAAUUUCAAUAAUUUGCGAAAAAGGAAUGUGUGUUGGAGACUCGUGGCAAGUAUUGUGAAAUUUUCCAAGCCAGCUUGCCGCAGUCUAUAUAUUUAGGUCAACUAUAUUUGAGUGUUUAUCUCUUAUCUCUUCAGAGUUUCUUCUGCUUUGCCAUCCUUUGCUCAUUAAGUUAUCAAAGAGAAAAUGGGUAAUUUAUUCUGUUGUGUACAAGUUGACCAGUCUACAGUAGCCAUCAAGGAGAGAUUUGGCAGGUUCGAUGAUGUUCUUGAACCUGGAUGCCAUUGCCUACCUUGGUUUCUUGGAAGUCAGCUUUCUGGCCACCUGUCGCUGAGGUUGCAGCAGUUGGAUGUUCGUUGUGAGACCAAAACUAAGGACAAUGUAUUCGUCAAUGUUGUCGCAUCUAUUCAAUACCGUGCACUAGCAGAUAAGGCAAGCGAUGCCUUUUACAAACUCAGCAACACAAGGACACAAAUUCAAGCUUAUGUUUUUGAUGUUAUUAGAGCAAGUGUUCCCAAGCUGAAUCUGGAUGAUGUUUUUGAACAAAAGACUGAAAUUGCUAAAGCUGUUGAAGAAGAACUUGAGAAGGCUAUGUCUGCCUAUGGGUAUGAGAUUGUUCAAACACUUAUUGUGGACAUAGAACCUGAUGAGCAUGUGAAGCGUGCAAUGAAUGAAAUUAAUGCUGCUGCAAGGCUGAGGGUAGCAGCUAAUGAGAAGGCAGAGGCUGAGAAAAUUUUGCAAAUCAAACGAGCAGAAGGUGAGGCUGAGUCUAAAUAUUUGUCAGGACUGGGUAUUGCUCGCCAGCGGCAAGCAAUUGUUGAUGGUUUGAGAGAUAGUGUGCUGGGAUUCUCUGUCAAUGUUCCUGGGACUACUGCAAAGGAUGUCAUGGACAUGGUCCUGGUCACCCAGUACUUUGACACUAUGAAAGAAAUUGGUGCGGCUUCUAAAUCUUCGGCUGUGUUCAUCCCUCAUGGUCCUGGAGCUGUUCGUGAUGUCGCUACUCAGAUUCGUGAUGGACUUCUCCAGGCUGCACAUCAGUAACUGUAUGACUUUUCAAAGGCUUAUACUGGGUUUUGCUUUAGACAAGCAUUAAGGGUUUUAAUAUUUGCCUGUUUAGUUCUUGGUGCCUUAGCUCUGGUUUAAUUGUGGUUUGUCAUUUGUCCGGUGUGAGCACUUGUGUACAUAUGGGCGUAAAAGGUUUGUGAAGUACAUGGGCUGCAUAAUUUUCUAUUUUUAUAGAUAUUGAGAGGCUUUAUGUUGGAUUUCUCUUGGUUUAUUGUCACCAUGGGCAAAGGUAAAAAAUCUUUGAUCAAAAUCUGUGCGCCAUCUGCCUCUCUAUGUAAGUUUUCCUACAAAUAAGUUCAUUAUUCCGAGAGGGAAUCGAAAGGAAGAUGUUCAAUGU